AUGAAAGAUUCAACAGCGUUUGAAAGCUCACUGGAUCAGAACAUGGAUAUUGAUCUUAUUUUGUCAACUCGAUUGGAAGAGUUACAACAGAAGUUUCCUGAACGUUUUCCAAAAUCAAUUUAUGUACUUAAAGAUGCUCAUGACAAUGUGCCGAAUGAAUGGAAAGAACGCUUGAUUGAAGCAAGAGGAAAAGGCAACGGACAACGUAUUAUAUUGAUUCCUUAUAAUAUGGCAAGUUUCCACUGGGCUGGAAUCUUGUUAAAAUUUAAAACAGAUCAAGAGAUUGAAUUGACCCAAUUUAUGGAUCCAGUGGAAUAUUCUGACUUUUUCCUCGAAAGAUUAGGAAAUGAAUUCGCUGAAAUUUACUCAGAUGCUAUGUUGCGUUGA